AAUGAUAAUAACAACCUGUCUGUCCUUGCGUUUCAGUGAAUGCGUACGUUACACAUCGUAACGUAAUAACUCGUGUAUUCGCGCACAAAAACCAGAAUGAAAGCGUUUACCACGUUAAAAUCAGAUUUGGAUCGUAAUCCGUAUGCCGGUCGAAUGUUGGGACGUGUGAUUUCCUGUUCAAACGGGAUUAAGGACGAAGUCUCAACUGGGUGUGCAGUAUCGAAGUUCUGCUGUCAACGUCGUUACGGAGACAGACGCAAUAGCGGGGAAACAUCAUCAGUGGCCUGACUCCAUCUUUCAGCCACCCCAGAUAAUGAUAGUCUAUGAUUGAGCCACAGCGUCAGGAUGCUGGCGCGGAAAGGGCUGUUACCAGACGGGUUUCUGCUGACCCGGCUGGCGGAGGACUCCGCCCAACCCAACCGCUUCCGGGCCAAGUCCCAGCAUGCCCGCUUCAUCACUAAAGGGGGGUCCUGCAAUGUGGCACACAAGAACAUCAGGGAACAGGGCAGGUUCCUGCAGGACGUGUUCACCACAAUGGUGGACCUCAAGUGGCAGCACUCCCUCCUCAUCUUCACAUCCGCGUUCAUCUGCUCCUGGAUCCUCUUCGCCAUGGCGUGGUGGCUCCUGGCGUUUGCCCACGGCGAUCUGGAGGACCAAGGGCCCGCGGACGGGCCGGGGCGUGUCCCCUGCGUCACGGCCAUCCACUCCUUCACCUCUGCCUUCCUGUUCUCCAUCGAAGUCCAGGUAACAAUCGGGUUCGGGGGCCGGAUGGUCACGGAAGAGUGCCCCCUGGCGAUCAUGGUGCUCAUCAUCCAGAACAUUCUGGGCCAGAUCAUUAACGCUGUGAUGCUGGGCUGCGUCUUCAUGAAGACCGCACAGGCCAACAGGCGCGCCGAGACCCUCAUUUUCUCCCGCAACGCCGUCAUCGCCCCCCGAAACGGCCGACCUACCUUCAUGUUUCGCGUGGGAGAUCUGAGGAAGAGCAUGAUCAUUUCAGCAACUGUGCAGCUCCAGGUUAUUCGCCGUACAGUGACGAUAGAGGGCGAGGUCAUCCCAAUCUGCCAGCUGGACAUCCAGGUGGAGAACCCGCUGCGUAGCAACGGGAUCUUCCUGGUGUCCCCGCUCAUCAUCAGCCACACUAUCGAGCGGGGCAGCCCCCUGUACGAGAUGUCCGCCCAGUCCCUGGCCAACGCUGACCUGGAGAUCAUCGUCAUCCUGGAGGGUGUGGUGGAAACGACAGGCAUCACCAUGCAGGCGCGGACCUCUUACACGCACGAAGAGAUCCUCUGGGCCCAUCGCUUUGUGUCCAUUAUGGCCGAAGAAGAUGGCUGCUACACCGUGGACUACUCCAAAUUCGGGAACACCAUUCCAGUGCGCAUGUCAACUCUCAGCGCCAAGGAGCUGGACCAGAACCAGGGCAUUCAGGAGGAGGCCGCCCCAGAGGGAGGGCAUCAGGGCUGGGGCCUGGUGCGCGCUGGCAGGGGUGGGUACAGGAGAGGGGGAAGGGCCUCCACCUCCCAGACUUGGUACAUCCACCCAGAGAACAAACCGGAGCUGGAGGGGAAGAUGAAGGAAGAGAAGAAGAAAACUGUCCGACUGGAGGAGAUUGGGAGAGAAACGGAGGGCCCGGCUCAGUGAAGGCCGUUAACCGAGGGGAGGGUUAGAGAAGCAGGGAAUGAGUGUGCGUCUUCUUUCUAUCUCUUGCGGUGCACUUGCUCUGCGAUUUUUCUUUCUAAUGGUUUUCCCUUUCCUUUAAUUGCUAUCAUUGUUGUGUUUUCUAUUCUUUUUGUGUCUGCAGUGUGAUAUAGACUGUUCAUACUCUUUCCUUAUGAAAUGUCUUUAUUUAAAUGCAUAAAAAAAAGGUUAUUAAAAUCCCUACUAUGCCACUGUAGAGAUUACAGAGACAUGGCUUGGGGAUGAAGAUGGGAUGAAUAUAAUAUAGAGGGGUAUAAACUCAUUAGGAAGGACAGAUCCAGUAAUAGAGGUGGGGGUGUGGCUGUUUAUGUAAGAGAAAAUCUUGGAAGAGAUUCCAGAAAUUGUCCAACACAUGCCUAGUGAGGAUGAAUUAAGCUUAUUGGGGAAGAAGAUGAGGGUCUUAACAUUGGAGUGUGUUACCAACCGCCAGCCUCAGACAGUAGUGUGAAUACAAUGCUCUUUAUAAGUACAAAACCAGCUUGCCAGGGAGGCGAGACUAUUAUCAUGGGAGACUUAUCCAAAUAUUAACUGGAAUUUGGUGUCCGGACAGGGAAAAAGGAGGAGGAAUUUUUGGAUGUUAUAAAUGACCUUUUUUGACACAGUAUGUCAGUCAGCCUACAAGAGGGCAAUUGAUUUUAGAUCUGGUAAAAUGUAAUGAUUCAGACAGAAUUUGCAGGAUAGAGAUAAUAGAAACAGACUGCAGGACUGAAUGAAAAGUGGAGCAGGUUCAAAAGACUUAAAAAAAACAAAUAAGGUUAGCCAAAAGGCAAUUUGAAAGGCAAGUCUCAAAAUGCAAUCCCAAAUGCUUCUUUCAAUCUUGUGGUAGGAAAAGGAAAAUUAAAGAGGAGGUUAAGUGCAGUAAGAAUAACAAGGGAGAACUGCUGUAUAAAUAAAGUUAAUGCUGAUACCUUAAAUGGCUACUUUGUUGAGAGUUUUACCGGGGAGGUUACUAUUAUGCCGGAGAAUGUCUUAGCCAGUAUUGAGAUAGAGGAUAUAGAGAUACUGGAAAGUAAUCCAGGAAGACUUCAACAGAAUCCAGAAGUGGGCGGAACUCUGGCAAAUUAAAUUCAAUACAACUAAAUGUAAAGUUCUACAUGUGGGAAAUAAAAAUGUAUUAAACGGACAAAGUGAAUCAUAGGGUGAGUUUGGUUAGCAGAAUGAGAAGGCACAAAUGGAAAUUGGCAAAGGAGAAAUUCUGUACAGAUAUUAGGAAGUAUUCUUUCACGCAGAGUGGUCACUGUGUGGGAUAGCUUGCCAGUACACGUAAUGGAGGCACUGGAGGUUUUCAAGACCAGGCUUGAUACGGUGUUAGAUGCUAUUUAGCUUUUAGGCAAACUAGGCAGUAGGUACACUUAGGGGUAGGAAAAGGCAAGCAUUGCAGGGCUGAAUGGCCUGUUCUCACCAUUACCUUAUGUUACGUAUGUGAUAUUUACAUAUAGUCUACCUGUUGUGGGUUUUGGUUAAGAGCUUUCCUUUUGUAUUGUGGCCAAUCACCACCAUGUGGGAUAAGACAUUUUCUGGCUUUUCUGAUUGGUGCUUUAUUUCCUCAGUUUGUAAUCAACCAAUUCAUGUGGUCAAAGUGCUGAUUCUCAGCUUUUAUUCAACCGUGAUCGUAUAUAUUUUUAUACAUUUUGGUUUUAUGCAUUACUUACCGUGUAGUAAUUACAGCACUUUUUAUACAUGUCCCCCAUUUCAAUGUUGAGACAAAAUAACAAUGUCAAAUAAGAGA